AUGGCUUCUCAGUCAUCAGAAGAGGAUUUCUCCUGUCCUGUGUGUUAUGACGUCUUCAAGGAUCCUGUUGUCCUGUCGUGUAGUCACAGUGUGUGUAAAGUCUGUCUGCAGAAGUUCUGGGCAGCCAGGCGUUUGAAAGAAUGUCCAAUCUGUCGGACACAGUCCCCCACAUCCGAGCCUCCUCGUAACCUAGUGUUAAAGAACCUGUGUGAGGCUUUUUUACAAGGAAAAAUACAGGGAACUUCGUCAGGGUCUGAGGAGUUCUGCAGUCUGCACAGUGAGAAACUCAAACACUUCUGUCUGGAUGAUAAACAGCCUGUGUGUUUGGUGUGUCGGGAUUCAGAAAAACACACAAACCACAAAUUUCGUCCGGUAGACGAAGCUGCUCAUGAUAGCAGGGAGGAACUGAAGACUGCACUGAAGCCCUUACAGGAGAAACUGAAGAUUUUUAAAAAGGCCAAACUGACCUGUGACAAAACAGCAGAACACAUAAAGACUCAGACCAAAAACACUGAGAGGCAGAUCAAGGAGGAGUUUGAGAAACUUCAUCAGUUUCUGAGAGAUGAAGAGAUAGUCAGGAUAAUUGCACUGAGAGAGGAAGAGGAGCAGAAGAGCCGAAUGAUGAAGGAGAAGAUUGAGGAGACGAGUAGAGGGAUUUCCUCUCUCUCAGACACAAUCAGAGUCAUAGAAGAGAAGAUCAAAGCUAAAGACAUCACAUUUCUGAAAAGCUUUGAGGCCACAAAGAAAAGAGCCCAGUGCACACUGCAGGAUCCAGAGAUGCUUUCAGGAGCACUGAUUAAUGUGGCAAAGCACCUGGGCAACCUAAAGUUCAGAGUGUGGGAGAGGAUGCAGGACAUUGUUCAAUACACUCCUGUGAUUCUGGACCCCAACACUGCAGCACCAUGGCUCAUCCUGUCUGAGGAUCUGACCAGUGUGACAGACAGUGAUGAGAAACAGCAGAUUCCUUGUAAUCCACAGAGAUUUGAUGAAUAUGCAUGUGUGCUGGGCUCUGAGGGCAUUAACUCAGGGACACACUGCUGGGAUGUUGAUGUUGGGGACAGCACAAACUGGGAAUUGGGUGUGACCACAGAGUCAAACCGGAGGAAGGGAUACACAUUCUUUAACACUGGUGUCUGGUGUGUUCAGUUACGUGAUGGUAAUUACAGGUCAUGGGCCCCAGGAGAGUCAUCUACUCCACUGACAGUGAAUAAUAAACUCCAGAGGAUCAGAGUGGAACUGGACUGGGACAGAGGAAAACUCUCAUUCUCUGAUCCUCUAAAUAACACAAACCUUCACACCUUCACACACACUUUUACUGAGAGAAUGUUUCCAUUCCUCUAUAAUCACUGUAAACUGUCUCCUCUGAUGAUCCUACCAGUGAAGUAUAACUGA